AGUAGCACUUACAGCUUCACGAAGCUGUCUUGUUUACGUUUGAGUGUGGCGUCCUUGGGGCGUACAUUUUUUUUUAUUAAUUUCAUAUUUUCCACGCAUUGUGUCGGAAUAUCAAGAAUCUGAUAAUACGCUUAGGAGAUUCCUUGUUUAAAGGCUGUGAGAUGAAAUGACAACGUCUACAUUACAGAAAGCGAUCGAUUUGGUGACGAAAGCCACGGAAGAGGACAAGGCCAAGAACUAUGAGGAGGCCCUGCGUCUAUACCAGCACUCCGUGGAAUAUUUCCUGCACGCCAUCAAGUACGAGGCGCACAGUGACAAGGCCAAGGAGAGCAUCCGGGGGAAGUGUGUACAGUACUUGGACAGGGCGGAGAAGCUGAAGGACUACCUGAAGAACAAGGAGAAACAGGGGAAGAAGCCUGUGAAGGAGGCACAGAACAAUGACAAGAGUGACAGUGACAGUGAAGGGGAAAACCCAGAGAGAAAGAAGCUCCAGGAGCAGCUGAUGGGUGCCAUCGUGAUGGAGAAGCCCAAUGUCAGGUGGAGCGAUGUGGCUGGACUGGAAGGUGCCAAAGAGGCCCUGAAGGAGGCAGUUAUCCUGCCUAUUAAAUUUCCACACCUUUUCACAGGUAAACGCACGCCUUGGAGAGGGAUCUUGCUCUUCGGCCCUCCUGGGACAGGGAAGUCAUACCUGGCCAAGGCUGUUGCCACGGAGGCCAACAACUCCACCUUUUUCUCCGUUUCGUCCUCGGACCUGAUGUCCAAAUGGCUGGGAGAGAGCGAGAAACUAGUGAAGAACCUGUUUGAACUGGCCCGGCAGCACAAGCCCUCCAUAAUCUUCAUCGACGAGGUGGACUCGCUCUGCGGCUCCAGGAACGAGAACGAGAGUGAGGCGGCGCGCAGGAUCAAGACCGAGUUCCUGGUGCAGAUGCAGGGUGUGGGCAACAACAACGACGGAAUCCUAGUUCUCGGAGCGACCAACAUACCCUGGGUCUUGGACGCUGCUAUUCGCAGAAGGUUCGAGAAGCGCAUUUACAUCCCCCUCCCCGAAGAGCCGGCCCGGUCGCAAAUGUUCCGGCUCCACCUGGGCAACACCCCCCACAGCCUGGGGGAGGGAGACCUGCGGGAGCUGGCCCGCAAAACCGACGGGUACUCUGGAGCUGACAUCAGCAUCAUCGUCCGGGAUGCCCUGAUGCAACCCGUCAGGAAGGUUCAGUCUGCCACACAUUUCAAAAAGGUUAGAGGUCCGUCCCGGAGCAACAGUUCACUAAUGGUGGAUGACCUCUUGACCCCUUGUUCCCCCGGCGAUCCUGACGCCGUGGAGAUGACCUGGAUGGAUGUGCCCAGUGACAAGCUGCUAGAGCCCAUUGUGUGCAUGUCGGACAUGUUGCGGUCUUUGGCCACCACACGGCCCACGGUCAACAGCGAGGACCUGCUGAAGGUUAAGAAGUUCACCGAGGACUUUGGACAGGAGGGAUAAAACACCCCCACCCCCCCUUCUCUUUCUAAUCUGGACUGUCUUUACACUACCGUGUGCCGGCAGGAAGCUUCUUCAUGGACGGUGCUGUCCACGUCUCUCAGACAUACUGUCUCCCCUCUGCAGCUUGUUCCUGUUUGUUUCUGUUUGUUUUGAAGGAUAGCUGAGUAGAAGGAGCACCUUGAAGUAUGUGUGUGUGUGUGUGUGUGUGUGUGUGAGUGCAUACGUGUGAGUGUACGUGCGUCUACGUGCACUUCUACAUGCACAUUUGUGGGUGCAUGUGUGUAAAUACAUGCAAAUGGGUGUGUGUGUACAUAUAAGUUUGCGUAUGUGUGCAUACAUGCAUGUGUGUGCCCACGUGCGCCUACUGUAGUUACAGCAGAACACCUGGUUGCGGUGUUUUGCAUGUUUUGUGAAUUGUUGAGUGAUGGUGAGUCAGCAAGACUGUCCGGUACUCCCAUCUGAACACAGUAAUGGAAACUUGUGUUUCCCAGCAGUAUUACUAAACCCACUGUAUGUAUUUAUUUUUAUUUUUAUUUCAUUUAAUGUCACUGAAAAGACUUUGAAGUACAUAAACUAACAGUACCGUCUCCCUCUGUGAAGAAAUGGCAGUGGCCUGGAGGUGCUCACGUGGAGAGGAAGGUUUUUACAGGGUUAGUCAGCAACCAUGAAGGAAAAGGCGUGUAUAUACUGUCCACAUUCUGUCUCUCUCCAACUUAAGGCACUGUGUGGUUUUUGAGUAAUAGACACUAUUGUACACCAUUGUUUUGAGGGGGAAAAAGAAUGGCUUUGUUUAAAAUCUCCUGUCUUAUUGUUAUCUCUGUACAUUGAGUAGAACAGUGCUAAAUGCUGUCCACUGGUCAGGUCUCCAUAGAGAUGGUACCGAAAAUGCCUGUCGCCUUGAUGACCAGGUUUGUCUUAUCGCAUUAAAGCCCUUGAAUUGUGGAAAAAAAUACUUUUCUCAGUCAUUUCCUUUCUAUUUUUGCCACUUCAUUUCUGUUAUGUGGAUUUUAUAAACAGCCUUUUCCCCCAA